AUGCCGCCGAACACGGCGCCCGCGCCAGCGCGUGGGGAGGCCGCCGCCGCGCUCGCUUUAGGUGAAACCGUAAAUGAAAGGUCACUGCCCUGCGAUUUCUGUAGGGGAAUCCUUUGGGUACCCGAGUUCCUCACGGGCUCUGCAGUGCCUUUCCUGCCCGCCGUGCUUCCGUGCACGCGGGUCUGCGCCUGUCUCUGCUUCAGUCGGAUUCAUUUCAAGCCCCUCCUGCCCCUUCGAGGCCGUGCCCAGAUUAUCGAUUUGAUGAUGCUCGUAAUAGACGUGACCAAGGGGAUGCAGACGCAGUCAGCAGAGUGCCUGGUAAUUGGGCAGAUUGCCUGCCAGAAGAUGGUGGUAGUUCUGAACAAAAUAGAUCUCCUUCCAGAGGGCAAGAGGCAAAGUGCCAUUGAGAAGAUGACUAAGAAAAUGCAGAAGACACUGGAAAAUACCAAGUUCUGUGGGUGUCCUAUUGUUGCUGUUGCAGCAAAGCCUGGUGGACCGGAAGCCCCAGAGUCUGAGACUCCAAUAGGUGUUUCUGAAUUAAUUGAGGUCCUCAAGUCUCAGGCUUACCUGCCAUCGAGAGACCCCUCGGGACACUUCCUUAUGGCCGUCGACCACUGCUUCUCUAUCAAGGGUCAAGGCACGGUGAUGACAGGGACUAUUCUCUCUGGCUCUGUUAGCCUUGGUGACAAUGUGGAGAUUCCUGCCCUGAAGGUAACAAAAAAAGUCAAGUCUAUGCAGAUGUUCCAUACGCCGGUGACUUACGCUAUGCAGGGUGACAGAGUAGGUGUCUGUGUGACCCAGUUUGAUCCCAAACUGUUAGAGCGAGGUCUGAUUUGCACCCCAGAAUCACUUCACACUAUCCACGCUGCCAUCAUUUCCCUGAAGAAAAUCCAGUAUUUUCGAGGACCGCUUCAGACAAAGGCAAAGUUUCACAUCACAGUCGGUCAUGAAACAGUCAUGGGAAGAGUGAUGUUUUUCGGUCCAGCCCCUGCUGAUUUCAAUGAAGAAAUUCAGGAAAAUGUUUUUAAUUUUGAAAAAGAUUAUCUUUAUCAAGAGGAAUACUUGUCCAAGGACUCGAAGACUUCGGAGGAGAACAAAGAAAAUGACCAGGCCGAAGUCCAGCUGCCCAGGCAACAGUGGGCCCUGCUGGAGUUUGAAAAGCCGGUCGCUUGUCCUAAACUCUGCCUCGUGAUCGGCUCCAAGCUGGAUACGGAUAUUCACGCAAAUACCUGCAGAUUGGCAUUCCAUGGGGUUCUGCUCCAAGGAAUGGAAGACAAGAACUAUGCGGAGACGUCCCUUCCGAGGCUGAAAGUGUACAAACUGAAGCACAAAGAAGGGCAAGUGGAAAGGGUGAUGGAUGAUUACAGUGUGAUUGGUCGUUCAUUGUUUAAAAAGGAAACAAACAUCCAAAUUUUUGUGGGUUUAAAGGUCAAACUAUCGACAGGAGAAGACGGAGUAAUAGAAGGUGGUUUUGGACAAAGCGGCAAAUUUAAAAUCCGAAUUCCAGCAAGCACGUUCAUGAUGAAAGAUGAUGCAAGCUCUCUUAGCGUGCAGGAUGAGGCGAUGCCGCCGCUCCUUCCCUUGAGCUCUCUGAGCACUGAACUAGCUGGACCGAACGCGGCGGCCGGGCUCGGUACCCGCUCGGGCUGUGCGGGCGGCCUCCCCCUGCGGCACCGGCGCUGCUUCCGCGGUGUGGCGCUUCGAGAGGAGAGAGAGAGUUUUGAACCACGGAAUUGUAAUGAUUCUGCUGCAAAAUCAGGACCAGCUGUUGGGGCUGCAAGUGGCUACUUGGUUACAGUCACAGAACCUGCAGUUGAUCAGGUCACCCUGAACA